UGGUCGGCUCUACGCCCCAGCCCGGAAUCGGGCGCAGGGGUCCCGCGUGGCGGGCCCGACCCCCAGGCACCAUGGCAACAGCCUUCAGCAGCGACGGGGAGGUGGCGUUGCGGCGGCGGCUGGGCCCGGUGGCGACGGGAGCGGGGCGGCGGGGCGGCCUCGGCGGCUUCUACGAGAUGGGCCGGGCUGCUGCUUUCGUGCGGGGCGGCGGGUUCCGCAAGGUUGCUCUCCAGUUCCCCGACGAGCUGCUGGCGGACGCGGCGGCUGUGGCAGACCAGAUGGAGGCACAGACUGGGGCCAAGAUGUACAUCCUGGGAGACACCACAUAUGGCAGCUGCUGCGUGGACGAAGUUGCCGCCGAGCACGUGGGUGCCGAGGCGGUGCUGCACUACGGUUCAGCCUGCCUCAGCCCCUGCAGAAAGCUCCCGGUGCUGCACAUCUUUGGGCAGCAGCCCCUGGACGUCGGGUGUUGCGCAGAGGCCUUUCGGGAGCUCUACCCCAACCGUCAGAGCCAUGUGGUGGUGCUGAGCGAUGUGGUCUAUGCCCAUGCGAUGGGUGAGCUGGAGCAGCUGUUGCGCCCUGAGUACCCCCAUAUCAUUUUCUCCAGGGUGGUGUGCGAGGACCCUCCUGGCCCCGCACCGCAUGGGGAGGUGUGGCAGUUUGGUCGCCAGUUCCCGGUGGAGGCGCCAGGAGGGCUACAGGACUAUGCCAUGUUCUACGUGGGAGCCGAGGGCCUGGCCCUCACCAGCUUCAUGCUGACCUGGAACUGCUGCCCCUUCAGCUCCUUUAACCCCGCCACUGGCUGUGGCCGCCGCGAGACCCUCAACAUCAACCGGGCCCUGAUGCGACGCCUCUACCUGGUGGAGAGGGCUCGGGAUGCCCGGGUUGUGGGCAUCCUGGUGGGUACCCUCGGUGUAGCAGGCUACCUAGAUGUGCUGCAGCACCUCCGGGAGCUUCUGCGCCGGGCUGGCAAGCGCAGCUACACGCUGGCCAUGGGAAAGCUGAACCCUGCCAAGCUGGCCAACUUCCUGGAGGUGGACAUCUUCGUCCUGGUGGCCUGCACUCAGAACUCCCUGCUGGACUCCAGCGACUUCUACCGACCUGUUGUGACCCCCUAUGAGCUGGAGCUGGCCUGUAACCCAGCCCGUGAAUGGACAGGGAACUAUCUCACUGACUUCCGAGACCUGCUGCCAGGUGCCUGUGCACAUGUUGAGCUCCCACCAGCUGUCCCUGCAGCAGAGGCCAUUCCUGACAUCUCGCUGAUAACGGGGGAGAUGCGUGCCACCCACAUCUGCAACCCCCCGGCCCCCCAGCUGCCCCCCAGCACCACCCUGGCCUGCAGGGACCAGACGCGGGCCCUCACGGCGAUCAGCCCUGCAGCCUCCUUCUUGGAGUCCCGCAGCUGGCGGGGCCUGGAGCAGCAGCUGGGACAGACACCCGUCUCCAAAGCUGUGCAGGGCCGACGAGGGAUCGCCAUUGCCUACGAGGAUGAGGGGCGCAAGCAACCCUGAUUCGGCAGCAGCAUGGGCACCCAGCCCGGAGCAGAGAGCCUGUGGGGGCACAGGCAUUACCUGUCACCAGGUGUCAGACAUGUGGGGGUGUCAUGUGGGGGCGAGUCUGGACCUGCCACCAGCCAGCGCCACACUGGAUGUGGCUUGGGUCAGUAGUACCGCAGUGGGAGAGCAGGAGUUGCCUGUGUGUUCAGGGGCGCCCGCAGUGCCCUGGGGCUCAUGGCCCGGGCAGCAGCAGGGCCAGGAGAGGAGCUUGGCCCAGACCCGGCCUCUGCAGGGGCACCAGCCCAGGGCAGCUUUGGCCCUAUACGGGAACGGUCACAGUUUCACAUGAGCCAACAGCACCAGGACUCAAGGCUUAUGUGGACUACUGCUGCUAACUAAAACUGAACUGAAAAGGACUUGUGAGUUGUCUCCUAGAAUAAAACAUGAGCUGAGGCGUGCAAGGCAGGGGUG